AUGGCACCCUCCCGCGACUUGCCAGAUGCUGCCGUAUCAAACACGGUAGAAGGACUCACACCAGCACAGGUCGCCUUCUUUCACGAGAAUGGCUAUCUUCUAGUACCUGACUACCUAUCCAAACAGACAUGCGAGAACCUGCUAUCAAAGACCCAUGGCAUGCUUGCUGACUUUUCUCUGGCUGACCAUCCCAUGACGAAGUUUACAACAGGCGAAAACGAAGAACACGUUGGCGAUAGCUACUUCCUCGAGUCCGGGGACAAGGUCCGGUUCUUCUUCGAAGAAGAUGCUUUUGAUAAAGAAACAGGCGAGCUUACGAAGCCAAAAGAACGAGCUAUAAACAAGAUUGGGCAUAAUUUGCACGGGCUGGUACCAGACUUUGGUAUGGUGAGCCAUCAGGGCAAGGUUGGAUGGCGUAAUGCUGCCAUUGCAAGAGAUUUGGGAUACAGAGAUCCUCGGAUGUUGCAGAGUAUGGUUAUUUGCAAGCAGCCAGAGAUUGGUGGUGCUGUGCCUCCUCAUCAAGACAGCACGUUUCUAUACACGAGUUUGCCAUCUGCUGUAGGGUUCUGGAUCGCGCUUGAAGACGCGACGGUAGAGAAUGGUUGCUUGAGCUUCGCACCUGGAAGUCAUAGACGAGCGCCAGUGAAGCAUAGAUUCGUACGCAAGCAAGACAAUAGUGGAACAACUUUCGAGCCAGUUCAAGGGGAAGGACGUUGGCCAAGAGAGUUUCAGCACGAAGACGAUGCAGAAGGUGAAGACGAAGAUUACGUGCUAGGCGAGGUCACUGCUGGCACGUUGGUACUGAUUCAUGGAAACAUUCUGCACAAGAGUGAGAAGAACCUAAGUCAGAAGGGUCGUAUAAUAUAUACGUUCCACUGCAUUGAGGGCUGCGAGACAUAUGAUGAGCGGAAUUGGCUUCAGAUCCCCGGCGGACCAGAGGCAUUUACCAAGCUUGAUGGUAGGGCCUGA